AUGAGCUACCAACGUUUGGACAACAAAGAGCAAGCCUCUUCUUCGUCUGAAGCUACCCCUCCAUACUCUUCAAGCGCUUCCUUCGAGGAACAGUCUCACCCAUUUUACGAGCACUCCACCAGGCAGGCCUCCAAACAUCGUUUGGCUAAGGUUGUUGGUGCCAGUACUGUUGCGGCUUUGGCUUUGUUUGGUGUAUUUUCCAUGGGCAGAAUGUACGAGAAUUACUCAUUCCACAACGCCAUGCUCGUUGUUCAGGAGAACCAGCAGUUUCACGGUGCUCACCACGGCCCACCACCCCAAGGUAUGCAUCAUCACGACGAUAAGUGGUGGAUGAAAUUCCACGAGGGUGAAUCUCCUGAAGAAACCGAAAGAAAGCACAAGGAAUGGGUAGCCAAUCACAAAAGCAGCAGAAAAGGCGGCAAGAAGGACGACAAAUGGUGGAUGAAGUUCCACAAGGGAGAAACACCAGAAGAGGCUGAGAGAAAGCACAAGGAGUGGAUCAAAAACCACCCUGAGAAAGCCAAGGAACACGGUUUCACCCUUGAUGAUAAUGACAAUCCACAAAAGGGCAAAGAUGAUGACUACUGGAUGGUUUACCACAAGGGGGAGUCUAAAGAGGAGGCUUUGAAGAAACACAAUGAAUGGUUAGCGAAGCACCCAAAUGGCGCCAGCGACAAGGCCGACAAUGGCGAAAACAAGGACGACAAGUGGUGGAUGAAUUUCCACAAAGGUGAGUCGCCCGAGGAGGCCGAGAGAAAGCACAAAGAAUGGUUGGCCAAGCACCCAGAGGAGGCCAAGUCCCACGACGGGUCCGAUCCUGAGGCUACCGGCAAGCAGUUGAUCUAG